AUAAAUAUGGCUGCCGAAUGUGAAGUUUUUGUUUAUUACGUUUCAUCUACGAUUUCAAAGAGAUAAAUACGUUGGAUUUUCCUGAUUUCAUCGUGGAUCUGUGAUUCAUAUCAAUAUAAACCUGGAUAUUCCUGUUGCUGUUCGAAAUAAGGAUAAAUUUGGCUUCAAAACGUACAACGGAUGUUUUCAUUAGUCUGUUUCCAAGCUUACUUUAGAUAGUUCUGCGCUCCGUACGAUCAGUAGAAUUGUGGAGAUUUUUAGUGUAUAUCGACGAUGAGUUUCGACGGUUCAAGCAUCGGUAGACUCGAGGGGUCUUCAAACGCUCCUGGUGGUUUGACCGUUAAAAAACCAAGGGAUGCGACCAAAGGCUCGUCAAGAGGUAGUCUGUUAGGACUUCAGAAACUAGCCGAGGAAAAAAGAAAAGAAAGAGAGUUUGAAGAAGGGAAGGUAGCAAAAAAACAGAAGUCUGACAACUGGGAGGAUGAUGAUGAUGAUGAUAGGACCAACUCAGGUUCCUCUGUGAAGCAUCGGCACUACCGGUCAAAAAUGGUAGAGACACCAUCACAUCCUGGUGGUGUGAGUGAUGCUUAUAGGGAGAAAAAGAAACAACGUGAUGAACGUGAUAGAGAACAGAGAAGAGGAGGUGUAUACGCUGAUACAAAACAACGUAAUUAUAAGGAUACACGAGAGGAUAGGAGGGAGAAGGAUUGGGAAAAGAGGGAUAGAAGGCAAGAUGAAGGGUCAAGAAGAGAUAGAUCUUCAAGAAGCAAAGGGGAUAGCACUAGGUCAACACAGGGACGUUACAAUUGGGAGGAAACACCAAGCAGUCGAAGGUCAAGACAAGAGAGAGAGUAUACUCCAAAUCGUAGUUCAAAAGAUUUAAAAACACCAUCUCGCACUUCUUGGGAUGAUGAGGAAGACAUGACACCAUCAAGACAAACCUGGGAGGCACCAUCACCAGCAAGAUCUGACAUAUCAAAGAAGGACCGCAGUGAAAGAAGACGUGAAAAGAAGGUGGACGACACUCCAGCUCUUACUCCUACAUACAAAUACAACAGCUGGGCAAAUGAUAAAAAAAGUUUUGGUGUAACUCCAAGAUUUUCCAGAGGAAAAGCUCAACGUACUGAUGAAGAGGGAAGUGAGAAAGAAAUGUCUGAAACAGAAAGAAGAGAAUGGGAUGAAGAACAAAAGCGUCUAGACAGAGCAUGGUAUGACAUGGACAGUGGCCAGGAUGAGACUCACAAUCCAUUUUCAAACAUCAGCGAUGAAUAUGUUGCUCAGAAGGAGGAGGCAAUUGCAAAGAAACAAUUCAAACGAAUUUCAGCUCAACAGCGACAAAUUAACAAAGAUAUUGAGAAAUGGGAGACAAACAGAAUGCUUACAAGCGGUGUUGUGCAACGCUUAGAAGUUGACGAGGAUUUUGAGGACGAACAACAAAACAGAGUGCAUUUGCUUGUGCAUAACAUGGUUCCGCCAUUUCUGGAUGGUAGGAUCGUUUUCACGAAACAACCAGAGCCUGUGAUUCCUGUCAAGGAUGGAUCCUCGGACAUGGCUAUAAUAAGUCGUAAAGGUUGUCUGGCUGUUAGGAAGUUCAGAGAGGAGAAAGAGAGGAAGAAGGCGCAACAUAAAGAUUGGGAACUAGCUGGUACUAAGCUGGGAAAUCUUCUUGGCGUUGAGAAAAAGAAAGAGGAUGAUGGUGACAAUGACGGCGAUGAUUAUAAAGAAAAUCAAAGAUUUGCAGAACAUAUGAAAGACAAGAGUGAGAGCUCCAGUGAAUUUGCCACACAGAAAUCUUUAAAAGAGCAAAGGCAAUUUCUUCCAAUAUUCUCCGUAAGACAAGAGUUAUUAAACGUUAUUCGAGACAAUCAAGUUGUGAUUAUUGUCGGGGAAACAGGCUCUGGAAAGACAACACAACUAACCCAGUAUCUCCACGAAGAUGGUUACAGUAAUUAUGGAAUGAUUGGUUGCACUCAACCACGACGUGUUGCCGCAAUGUCUGUAGCUAAGAGAGUGAGUGAAGAAAUGAGUGUAAGACUGGGAGAGGAGGUUGGGUAUGCAAUCCGUUUUGAAGACGUCACAUCUGAGUCUACAAUGAUCAAGUACAUGACGGAUGGUAUAUUGCUGAGAGAGUCGCUGAAUGAACCAGAUUUAGAUCGUUAUAGUGCUAUUAUUAUGGACGAAGCUCAUGAACGCUCAUUGAAUACAGAUGUGCUGUUUGGUCUUCUCAGAGAGGUUAUUGGCAGACGAAGAGAUCUCAAACUGAUUGUAACGUCAGCGACAAUGGACUCUGAUAAAUUUGCUGUUUUCUUUGGCAAUUCCCCGGUUUAUACGAUUCCUGGUCGAACAUUUCCAGUGGAGAUAUUCUUCAGCAAGAACGUCGUUGAAGAUUACGUUGACGCAGCCGUGAAACAAGCUCUGCAGAUUCAUCUCACACCAUCCAAAGGAGAUCUUCUCAUAUUUAUGCCUGGUCAGGAGGAUAUUGAAGUAACCUGCGCCUUGAUACGUGAACGUCUUGACGAGGUGGACGACGCUCCUCUUCUGGCAAUUCUACCGAUUUACUCUCAACUUCCCUCGGAUUUGCAGGCAAAAAUAUUUCAAAAAUCACCAGAAGGCGUACGCAAGUGUAUUGUCGCAACAAAUAUCGCUGAGACGUCGCUUACUGUUGAUGGGAUUAUCUUCGUUAUUGAUUGUGGUUACUGUAAACUUAAAGUUUUCAAUCCAAAAAUUGGAAUGGAUGCUCUCCAAGUGUAUCCCAUCAGUCAGGCAAAUGCUAACCAAAGAUCGGGUCGAGCCGGGAGGACUGGACCAGGGCAAUGUUUCCGCUUGUACACAGAGAGUAAUUACAAAAAUGAACUUUUGAUAGCAACUGUACCGGAAAUACAACGAACUAAUUUAUCAAAUGUUGUGCUAUUGCUCAAAUCACUUGGUGUACAAGAUUUGCUUGAGUUUCACUUUAUGGACCCACCUCCUCAGGAUAAUAUUCUCAACUCAAUGUAUCAACUUUGGAUUCUUGGCGCACUUGAUAACACAGGUAACCUAACCCCACUUGGACGACAAAUGGUUGAAUUCCCACUUGAUCCUGCCAUGUCAAAGAUGUUGAUUGUUGCUGUGGAAAUGGAGUGCAGCGAAGAAGUUCUGACAAUUGUAUCAAUGUUAUCAGUUCCUGCAAUUUUCUACCGUCCAAAAGGAAGAGAAGAAGAAAGUGAUGCAAUCAGGGAGAAAUUUGCUGUUCCUGAAAGUGAUCAUUUGACCUACCUUCAUGUCUAUCAACAAUGGAAAACAAACAAUUAUUCAAGCCAGUGGUGUUCAGAGCAUUUCAUCCAUGUGAAAGCAAUCCGUAAGGUGCGUGAAGUUCGAGGUCAACUGAGAGACAUCAUGGUUCAACAUCGAAUGCCACUGCAUUCAUGUGGCAAUGAUUGGGAUGUUAUAAGAAAAUGUAUCUGUUCAUCAUAUUUCCAUCAGGCAGCAAGAUUAAAGGGUAUUGGUGAAUACGUCAAUAUGCGAACAGGCAUGCCCUGUCAUCUUCAUCCAACAAGUGCUUUAUUUGGUAUGGGAUUCACGCCAGACUAUAUUGUUUACCAUGAACUGGUCAUGACAUCCAAGGAAUAUAUGCAGUGCGUCACAUCUGUUGAUGGUUACUGGUUGGCAGAACUGGGACCAAUGUUCUACACCGUCAAGGAGUCAUUGAAAACAAGACAUGAGAAACGUCAAGUAGCGAAGGAGAAGUUGAUUGAAAUGGAGGAAGAAAUGGCUGAAGCCACAGCACAAAUCAAAGCAAGAGAAGCUGAGAAAAUUGAGAAAGUUUCAUCUGUUAGGUCCCAGAUUGCUACACCUGGGUUGAAGAAACCUGGUACACCUCGCCGCACACCACAUCGCUUUGGUCUAUAAGGAUUAUGACAUUCCUUGAACCUGGUGCCUAUUUCCAGCUUGGCUCAAGUAACAGACAAUGAGAUGACUUGCCCUUAGGCAAUAUACAAUGAUGCAAUUUAUAAUAUGUUCAUAUAGAAUCAUUCCUCUACAUAUUAUUGUGUAUAAAAGGAAAGGAAUAUUGUACAUUUAUCACAUCUCUAGUGUUGUAAUG